AUGUCAAAUAAUCAAGUUUUUGAGUGCCAAAAGUGUGAUACUCCAUUGAAUUUAGAUCAGAGUUUAUUAAAUCUAAAUGAAUCACAACUAAAAUUAUUAGUUAGCCAAAAGAAAUAUAAACUAUUCAGAAAGGCAAAUUCACAAAUCUUGAAAGAUUUGGAUCCACAAGACUAUAUCUCUCAAGAUAGACUCGAGAUGUAUCAAAGCAUUACCAACCAAGAACCCAUUAACCACCGAAAUUAUUUUGAAAGUGAAGAUGAUGAAGAUGACGAGGAAGAUGAAUAUGAAGGUGAAGGUCAUAAUCAGCAACGAAAGCUCCGUGACUCUGAAUUUAGUUCUGAUUCUAAUUCCUAUUUAGUGCUCAAUGAGUCGGAUGAAUUCGAAGAAAAUUCAAAGAAAAGUCAAGAUGGAGAUGAAGCUGGCAGUCAAUCUACUGAUGAGAGAAAUGAUUUCCGAAUGUCCACUCGAAUAAAAACAUUAAAUAAAAUAUUUGCAAUAUUAUCCAACAACCAAGAAAUUGAUCAUCCAUUGUCAGAGGAUUGUGCUAAAUUAUUAAUUGAAAACUAUCAAUUGAAAUUUGAUCAGAGUCAGAAGGAGAAAGAGACAUAUUUAUCAUUUUUAAGGAAAUUGAAGGAUAAAGAUAGUCAAUUAGACUUAUACAAUGAAGAUGAUGAAAAUAACGAAAUAGUGAAUCCUGAUUUAUUACAUCAAGAUUUGGAUCAAAAAUUAUAUCAAUCAAUUCAAGAAUUCCAAAAAUUGACUGUUUUAGAAAAAGAGAAUUUAAAAGAGUUGAAAAAACUAGAACAAACUAAAACCGAAUUAGAAGCUCAACUUUCUGAUUAUGAGCAAGAACUUGAUAACCUUCGAAACAAUGGCUUAAAUUCUGUUUUAAGGUUGAAAAACAAUUUGCAAUUGGAAUUAAAUGAGAAAAAUAAGAAAUUGGAGCAAUCUAAAGCAGCUUAUGAUGUUCAAUUGGAUCACAUUGAUAAAUUACGAAAUCUUAAUAUAUAUACUAGGAUAUUUCAUAUAUCUUGUGAUAGUCAAGAUAAAUUUUCUACUAUAAAUGGGUUCAGAUUGGGUCACAAAAUAAUAUGGCCAGAAAUUAAUGCUGCAUUAGGCCAAAUAGUAUUAUUAUUGGUAUUUAUAAUAAAGCGAUUGAAAUUGGAUUUGAAGAAUUAUAAAUUAGUACCUAUGGGAUCUCAAUCUCAAAUAAUAAAAUUCAAUACCAAAGAUUCUAUAGAUGGAACUACCAAAUCAAAAACCGUCUUAAAUUUAUAUUCAUCCGAUGAAUUUUCAUUAGGGAAAUUAUUUAAUUUUAACAAAUUAGAUGUGGCCAUGAUAGCACUUUUAGACAUUGUCAAACUAAUAGAGGCAAAAGUGACAUCCAUUGAUCAAGAAAUCGAAUUGCCUUAUAAGAUAAAAGAUGAUACAAUAGGUGGCAAAAGCAUCAGAGUCACUUCAAACUCAGAAUGGACAUCAAGUUGCAAGUUUUUAUUGACUAAUUUGAAUUGGAUCCUAGCUUUUGUUAGUGCACAUACAAGUAGUGAAGAAGCUUCCUGA